GGGGAGGGCGCCGCCCGCCAUGGAGGUGGAGGAGGCGUUCCAGGCGGCGGGGGAGAUGGGGCUCUACCAGAUGUACUUGUGCUUCCUGCUGGCCGUCCUGCUGCAGCUCUACGUGGCCACGGAGGCCAUCCUCAUCGCACUGGUGGGGGCCACGCCAUCCUACCACUGGGACCUGGCAGAGCUCCUGCCCAAUCAGAGCCACAGCAGCCAGCGGGCCGGUGAAGACCACGCCCUCGGGGACUGGCUCCUGAGGGCCAACGGCAGCGAGAUCCAUAAGCACGUGCACUUCAGCAGCAGCUUCACCUCCAUCGCCUCCGAGUGGUUUUUAAUUGCCAGCAGAUCUUACAAAGUCAGCGCAGCAAGCUCUUUUUUCUUCAGCGGCGUGUUUGUGGGAGUGAUCUCGUUUGGUCAGCUUUCGGAUCGCUUCGGGAGGAAAAAGGUCUACCUCACAGGUUUUGCUCUUGACAUCGUAUUUGCUAUUGCAAAUGGGUUUUCCCCCUCGUAUGAGUUCUUUGCAAUAACUCGCUUCCUGGUGGGCAUGAUGAACGGAGGGAUGUCGCUGGUGGCCUUUGUCCUGCUAAACGAGUGUGUGGGCACCGCCUACUGGGCACUUGCAGGGUCAAUCGGCGGCCUCUUCUUCGCAGUUGGCAUCGCCCAGUGUGCCCUGUUGGGGUACUUCAUCCGCUCCUGGAGGACCCUAGCCGUGCUGGUUAACCUGCAGGGAACAGUGGUCUUUCUCUUAUCUUUGUUCAUUCCCGAGUCACCUCGCUGGCUGUACUCCCAGGGCCGCCUGGGCGAGGCGGAAGCGGCCCUCUACCUCAUCGCCCGGAGGAACCGCAGGCUCAAGUGCACCUUCUCGCUGGCCCGAGGGGCCGACCGGAGCAGCAGGGGCGCCGGCAGCGUCCUGGACCUCUUCCGGUCCCGGGUCCUCCUGGGGCACACUCUGACCCUGAUGUUCAUCUGGUUUGUGUGCAGCUUGGUGUAUUAUGGCCUAACUCUGAGUGCAGGUGACCUAGGUGGAAACAUCUAUGCCAACCUGGCCCUGUCUGGCCUCGUCGAGAUUCCAUCUUACCCUCUCUGCAUCUACUUGAUUAACCACAGAUGGUUUGGUCGGAAGCGGACGUUAGCGGCGUUUCUGUGCCUGGGAGGACUGGCUUGUCUCAUUGUCAUGUUUCUUCCCGAAAAGAAAGAUACAGGUGUGUUUGCAGUGGUGAACAGCCGUUCCUUGUCUCUGCUGGGGAAGCUGGCCAUCAGUGCUGCCUUUAACAUUGUGUAUAUCUACACCUCUGAGCUGUACCCUACGGUCAUCAGGAAUGUUGGGCUUGGAACGUGUUCCAUGUUCUCCCGAGUUGGUGGGAUUAUUGCUCCCUUCAUCCCCUCACUGAAAUAUGUGCAGUGGUCUUUACCUUUCAUUGUGUUCGGAGCCACGGGCCUGGCCUCGGGCCUUCUGAGUUUAUUACUGCCAGAAACCCUUAACACCCCUUUGCUAGAGACGGUUUCUGACCUCCAGGUGUAUUCAUACCGGAGGCUGGGGGAGGAAGCUCUGUCCUUACAGACCUUGGACAUUCCACAGUCGGUGGACAAGGAGAGUGCUUUAGGGAGUGGGAGCGAAGAGGAAGAAUUUUAUGAUGCGGAUGAAGAGACUCAGAUGAUCAAGUGAGGAGCCCCAGCUUCCUCCUCUGAAGCAGAAGGUGACCUUCGGUGCCUCUGGCUAAGGCCGGCUCUGCCAGGGGAUCACAGAGCUGCGGGAAGAAGGGCUUGACCAUCGGAGAAGGAGCUCAGCUUCUGGGCGGACUUGUCAGGCACAGAGCUGGAGAAGAGGUUUCAUGAGCGAGGCCAUCGCUGCAUUAAGGAAAUCCAUGUUACUUUGUCCAGAAAUCCGAUUUAGUGCAGCAUCACGACCUCUGGCGAGACAGCGCGAAUCCACAUGCCGGAGUAACAAGCAGAUUUCUUUCUCGAAGUUUCAUCUGGUUGCUUUUCCUUCAUCAGGACCUAAAGGUAGAUAUGUAAACAUUUUUUCUCACCAUUUUGGUGGGAUAAGAUAAAUUUCCUCAAGAUCGAAUGGUUAGGUCCUUCAGACUCACCCUUCUAUCAUAUUUGGCCUCUCCCCUUGUCCGCGUCCCCCCACCAGGCGCCACGCGGUGUGCCGGGCUGAGCGAGGAAAAGCGCUGCAUUUGUGUGGCCUCAGCCCUCCCGCUCCACCCGGAUGCGAUCCCGUGCGCAGCCUCCUGUUGGCCUGAGCUCCGCGUGCCUUUGGUCCCACAGACCUCUCCCGGGAAGCCAGCUGUCCCAGAGCCACUUUCCCAGCCAGAGGUGUGCCUGCGACUCGUCAGCCCCCUUCGGCACUCACAUUGUGAAAUGUGUUCCGUUCCCACUUGCGUGCAUCUCUAGGAAAAUUCCAUCCCAGAUGCUGGUACCAGAAGUAACUUUAAAGUCACACCCAGUGAAUGAUGAGGUUUCACAAAGGUGGAGGGCAGCUGAAAAGUGACAUGUUGAGCACUUGGAUGUUGGACUUGUGGGAGAGAAGGUGUCAUUUUUAGUAAGAAAGAAAAAAUGAUCUUCCAUAAUUUUUAAAUUUACCUUGUCUAGAGUUGUGCAAUGAGGGACUUGGGCAACAUUUAAAACAUGAACCCUUCUAGUCCGAGGUCCGUCCCUACCUGUUCAGUCAAAUGGAAGGCAUAGUGAUUUCAUAGGCAAUGUUGGUUUUUCCUUAAGUACUACCAACUUUCAAGUAAAUCAAAAUCAUACUGAGUUUCCUACAAUCGUGUGCUGGAAAGAUCUGUUUCCCGUGAAACUGGAAUGUUACCUCAAACCGGAACAUUAACCUGGAGUCAGGCUUGGACAGCAUUGCUGUGUGUCCUUUUCCAACCAGGAAAGUGUGCUUUCAGAAUUUCCAUUUCUCCCAGUCUCCUAGAGAAAAAGAAACCGCAUGAGAGGUGAAGAGGCAGUGUCAUCGUGGCUACCUGGAGGCAAAGCCCCCACUGCUCUGCUACUCUCCUGUCUUCUUCCACGUUGACCUCUUAGUUUGCACUGUAUCAGUCUGUGCAUUUGUAUCUGCUAAAGCAUUUUUAUGUUCUUUAUGCCCUUGAUGAUGUAUUGUGCUCUUCGUAAGUACGGGCCGUCUCCACUACUUGUCAUAGCUCCCUGCUCUGCCCAGAACACAGGGCGAGUCGGAAUCACUGCUUCUAGCCACCAGGGAGCUGUGGAACUCCUCCCAGUGUCUCUUGUAAAGCCCAGCAGAUCUGACACAAACCCCAAACUCGGAUCCUGCCUGUGUUUCUCUGGAAAUGAAGACCGUGUCCACCACCAGGAAAGGAGGAAGAACUUACAAGGAUGCGUAGAAGCUCUCCGAUGGUUGGGGCAUUAAAAAUAAGACAAUAAACUAAAAUGUGAUUUGGGGUUGUUUGGAGCUCCCUUUUUUGCAUUGUAAGAGUAAUACAUCCCAUUGUAGAAAAUUUGGAAACUAGAAUUUAAAAUAUUUAUCGUGCAUAAACCCAACACCCAGAGACAACCAGGGCUGUGGCUUUCUUCCACUCGAAGACCAAGUAGGAAUCUACU